UCCCCCCUCCCCCGCCGCGGAUCCUGGCCGCCGCUCUCCAGACCCAGGAUGCCGGGGGGCAAGAGAGGGCUGGUGGCACCGCAGAACACAUUUUUGGAGAACAUCGUCAGGCGCUCCAGCGAAUCGAGUUUCUUACUGGGAAAUGCCCAGAUUGUGGAUUGGCCUGUAGUUUAUAGUAAUGAUGGUUUUUGCAAACUCUCUGGAUAUCAUCGAGCUGACGUCAUGCAGAAAAGCAGCACUUGCAGUUUUAUGUAUGGGGAAUUGACAGACAAGAAGACCAUUGAGAAAGUCAGGCAAACUUUUGACAACUAUGAGUCAAACUGCUUUGAAGUUCUUCUGUACAAGAAAAACAGGACCCCUGUUUGGUUUUAUAUGCAAAUUGCACCAAUAAGAAAUGAACAUGAAAAGGUGGUCUUAUUCCUAUGCACUUUCAAGGACAUUACAUUGUUCAAACAGCCAAUAGAGGAUGAUUCAACAAAAGGUUGGACAAAAUUUGCCCGAUUGACUCGGGCUUUGACAAACAGUCGAAGUGUUUUGCAGCAGCUUACACCAAUGAAUAAAACAGAGGUUGUCCACAAACAUUCAAGGUUAGCUGAAGUUCUUCAGCUGGGAUCAGAUAUCCUUCCUCAGUAUAAACAAGAAGCGCCAAAGACGCCACCACACAUUAUUUUACACUAUUGUGCUUUUAAAACUACUUGGGAUUGGGUGAUUUUAAUUCUUACCUUCUAUACCGCCAUUAUGGUUCCUUACAAUGUCUCCUUCAAAACGAAGCAGAACAACAUAGCCUGGCUGGUGCUGGACAGUGUGGUAGAUGUCAUUUUCCUGGUGGACAUUGUUUUAAAUUUUCAUACCACUUUUGUGGGACCUGGUGGAGAGGUUAUUUCUGACCCCAAGUUGAUAAGGAUGAACUAUUUGAAAACUUGGUUUGUGAUCGAUCUGUUGUCUUGUUUACCUUAUGACAUCAUCAAUGCCUUCGAAAAUGUGGAUGAGGGAAUCAGCAGUCUCUUCAGUUCUUUAAAAGUGGUGCGUCUCUUGCGACUGGGUCGCGUCGCUAGGAAAUUGGACCAUUACCUGGAGUAUGGAGCGGCUGUCCUCGUGCUCCUGGUGUGUGUGUUUGGUCUCGUUGCCCACUGGCUGGCUUGUAUCUGGUACAGCAUCGGGGACUACGAGGUCAUCGACGAAGUCACGAACACCAUCCAGAUAGACAGCUGGCUCUACCAGCUGGCCCUGAGCAUUGGGACUCCGUACCGAUACAACACCAGUGCAGGGACCUGGGAAGGCGGCCCCAGCAAGGAUUCACUGUACGUGUCCUCUCUCUACUUUACCAUGACAAGCCUUACAACCAUAGGAUUUGGAAACAUUGCUCCUACCACAGAUGUGGAGAAGAUGUUUUCGGUGGCCAUGAUGAUGGUUGGCUCUCUUCUUUAUGCAACUAUUUUUGGAAAUGUUACCACAAUUUUCCAGCAGAUGUAUGCCAACACCAACCGAUAUCAUGAGAUGCUGAAUAAUGUUCGGGAUUUUCUGAAACUCUAUCAAGUCCCCAAAGGCCUUAGCGAACGAGUCAUGGAUUAUAUUGUCUCCACCUGGUCUAUGUCAAAAGGCAUUGACACAGAGAAGGUCCUCUCCAUCUGUCCCAAAGACAUGAGAGCAGAUAUCUGUGUUCAUCUAAACCGGAAGGUUUUUAAUGAACAUCCUGCUUUUCGAUUGGCCAGCGAUGGGUGCCUGCGUGCCUUGGCGGUGGAGUUCCAGACUAUUCACUGUGCUCCUGGGGACCUCAUUUACCAUGCUGGAGAAAGUGUGGAUGCUCUGUGCUUUGUCGUGUCGGGAUCCUUGGAAGUCAUCCAAGAUGAUGAGGUGGUGGCUAUUUUAGGGAAAGGUGAUGUAUUUGGAGAUAUCUUCUGGAAGGAAACAACUCUUGCUCAUGCAUGUGCCAAUGUCCGGGCACUGACAUACUGUGACCUCCACAUCAUCAAGCGAGAAGCCUUGCUCAAAGUCCUGGACUUUUACACGGCUUUUGCAAACUCAUUCUCAAGGAAUCUCACUCUGACUUGCAAUCUAAGGAAACGGAUCAUAUUUCGUAAAAUCAGUGAUGUGAAGAAGGAAGAGGAGGAGCGUCUCAGACAGAAGAACGAGGUCACUCUCAGCAUCCCUGUGGACCACCCAGUCAGGAAGCUCUUUCAGAAGUUUAAGCAACAGAAGGAGCUGCGGAAUCAGGGGUCAUCACAGAGCGACCCCGAGCGGAACCAGCUUCAAGUAGAAAGUCGCUCCUUGCAGAACGGAGCCUCCAUUACUGGCACCAGUGUGGUCACUGUGUCCCAGAUCACACCCAUCCAGACGUCGCUGGCCUACGUGAAAACCAGUGAAUCCCUCAAGCAAAACAACCGCGAUGCCAUGGAGCUCAAGCCCAAUAGUGGUGCUGACCCCAAAUGUCUCAAAGUCAACAGUCCCAUACGGAUGAAGAACGGAAAUGGGAAAGGGUGGCUGCGACUCAAGAAUAACAUGGGAGCCCACGAGGAGAAAAAGGAAGACUGGAACAAUGUCACUAAAGCUGAGUCCCUGGGGCUGUUGUCUGAGGACCCCAAGGGCAGCGACUCAGAGAACAGCGUGACCAAAAACCCGCUAAGGAAAACAGAUUCUUGCGACAGUGGGAUCACAAAAAGUGACCUUCGUUUGGAUAAAGCCGGUGAGGCACGAAGUCCAUUAGAGCACAGCCCCAUUCAGGCUGAUGCCAAGCACCCCUUUUAUCCCAUCCCGGAGCAGGCCUUACAAACCACACUGCAGGAAGUCAAACACGAACUGAAAGAGGACAUCCAGUUGCUGAGCUGCAGAAUGACUGCCCUGGAAAAGCAGGUGGCAGAAAUAUUGAAAAUACUCUCUGAAAAAAGUGUGCCCCAGACCUUGUCCCCCAAAUCCCAAAUGCCACUCCAGGUACCUUCCCAAAUACCAUGUCAGGAUAUUUUUAGCGUUUCAAGGCCUGAGUCACCUGAAUCUGACAAAGACGAGAUCCACUUUUAAUAGAUAUGCAUAUAUAUUUGUUAAUAGAUUCCAAAAAGUAUAUACAUCUAUAUACAUAUGUG